CCAAAGCAGAGAGCAAAGCACGGGAGGGAACCAGCCGUGAAAUAGAUGGACACCUAGAUGGUAACCUUUUCUGAGUGGAGUUAUUGUGGUGCCGUUAAAAGAAGAGAAGAUCAGCAGUGAGCAGUGGGAGCUUUGUCUGUUGAAAAGUUGUGUCAGGUUCACACUUGUCAAAACCGCGACCUGACAUCAGACGCUCUCCCGAUGGCGUCCAACAUCACCACCUCCGCCCCGCCGCCCCCCCCAUCCAUGUCCGUCGGCGCCCAGGUGGGCAUCGCCAUCCUGUCCCUGGCGUUGGUGCUGGGUCUCCCCGGCAACCUCUUCGUGGUGUGGUCCGUGUUCUGCCGGGUGAAGAAGCGCUCGGUCACCUGCCUGCUGGUGCUCAAUCUGGCUCUGGCUGACGCCACCGUGCUGCUCGGCGCCCCCCUUUUUCUGCGCUACCUGGCCGGAGGCCGCGGCUGGGAGUUUGGCUCGGCGGCGUGCAAGCUGGUGCACUACCUGUCGAGCGUGAACAUGUACGUGUCCAUCUACCUGAUCUGCCUGAUGAGCAUGGACCGCUGGCUGGCCGUGACGAGGCCCUUCGUGUCGCAGAGGAUGAGGACCAAGCAGAGCCUGCUGGCUCUGCUGCUGGCGGUCUGGGUGCUGGCGUUCGUCCUGUCGCUGCCGAUGCCUUUCUACCGCAGCAACCUGAGCAAAACACUGCCAAACAACCUCACUUUGAGCUUUUGCAUACCGUACCACUGGAACAGCGUGGCCCACCGGGUCUUCCAGUACCUGUUUGAGACCAUCAUGGGCUGCGUGGUGCCGUUCUCCCUCAUCAACACCUGCUACUCCUCCGUCUUCUGCCGCCUGCAAAGUGCCAAGUUCCAGCGGAGAGCACAGGGCAGCCGCCUCAUCCUGCUGAUCAUCGGUGCCUUUGCCCUGUUCUGGCUGCCCUACCACAUUGUCAACAUCAUAGAGGUGGUCGGCCUGUUGCAGGACAGCCCUACGGUGAUCGCCGCCGCCCUCAGAGGUCGCCCCAACGUCACGGCCUUCGCCUACUUCAGCAGCGCCGUCAACCCCAUCCUCUACGUGUUCGCCGGCAGCUCCCACAUCCGCCAGGCCGGCCUUGGCUUCAUGGGCAAGCUCUUCGACGGCACCAACUCGGAGAGCCGGAGCAACUCCACCUUCAGCCGCAGCGUCCGCAGCAGCCGCAGCGGCUCCUCGCCGGACGAGGGCACCGUCCUGCAGGCGCUGUCAACCAAACUGGGGAAGUCGUUCAAGGGCAAGCAGAAGAGCAGCAGCGUGGCGGGCAAAGAGGACGACGAGCCUUAGCUCAACGGCGUCCAACAGCCAGAGUAGCGCUUCAGAGCACAAUUCCCCCAAAGAGCCUCUUCCCACGGACGACUUUUCAUAGACAACGGCUUCGUUGGGCCCCCCUGCUCAGCGCCACCGCCAGAUCGCCGAUUGUGGUUUGGAGUCAAAUACCUCCAAUCAAAUCAGGGUUGGUCGAGAAAUGUAUAAAAUCUUUUGUUUUUUAUAUUUUUAUAGUCGUGUCCUUUUUGCCAUAAAAACCAUACUGAUAUAAACGCUUUUUUAAUGUUGCAUUUUUGCUAUUACGGGCACAAGACGUACUCUACGAGGCUUGGGGACAAAUUGUCCUCUGCACUUUCGCAAUCUUCAGCCGAGCACAAUAAGACUGUUGCAUGUGUAGCAUUUCACAAAAGCCUCCUCCCCUGCGCUCGUACCUGCGACAUCUCAGACCACAGUUGCACAACCCUUGACGUAAAGGGCCGAGUUGCUGUCAGCUUUUUUUCCUUUUGGCUCAGAGUUAAUUUUAAAAGCUUUCGGAAUCAAAAUGUAGUGAACACACAUCACUGACGGCAAGAAGCUGUUUGUGGACAAAUAAAUAGGACAAAACCACUGCAGAAGGCAGAGUUGUGGCUCGUGUGACCUCGUUGAGCAACCUUUCUGGGUAAUUAAAAAAAGGGUAUAAAUGAUUACACAUUCUCGAAAUUUACACCCAGGUUGGUUCAGUGGCUUCUUUGACGCACACAGUGCUGUGUGUCCCGGUGUGUGAGGUGAAGAUUUCCCUUUGUACUUUAUGGGUCAAGCGUCUCGUUGGUUACUGACAAAGUUACGACAAUGAAUUAGAAUUUGGUGCAAAAUAUUAACUAGAAGCAGCUGUAUUGUUCAUUUCUGAAUCCCACCUCUCAUUCUAACUCAAAAAUCACAUGACAAAUUUAUGAAAUGAAAGGAGAUCCUCUUAUUUCAAAUUGAGUAUGCUGCCCUCGACCUGCGUUUCCUCUUGACGAGAAAAAGCCAGCUAACACUUUUCCUUAUGAAUAAAG